UUUGUAUCUGCUAUCAAGACUGUUAGCUAUGACUGCUGCGUCAGCUCCUGUGUGGCUUACACAGGAGUUCUUGCUGAAGAGACUGUUUGCCCACACUACAGCGAGCCCCAUUUGAAGCCCAAUGGCCAGGCUCAUUGUCAGUAUGCAUACCUGCCUCUUAUCCCUCAGCUACAGGCACAGUAUGCUCAAGAAGACCGAGCAAAGCUGCUGACCUUGUAUCAAGGUUGGCAGAAUGCAAAUGCACCUACCAUUACCAAUAUCUUCCAAGAUCUAUGUGAAUGCUAUAUCAAAGUCAGUGGGAAGACUCUGACAACAAAAUACUUUGACUCACCUAGAGAUCUUGCUCUGGGCUUGUUGACAGAUGGGUUUGCCCCAUUCAAAGGCCCUUGA